UAUGAUCGGAAUGGAUUUAAAUAAUUGGCUUUUAAAUUCAUAAGUGAUCAAAAUUGAAAAUAACUUUAAUAAUUAAAACAAACAAACAAGUAAGGUAUUGUAAUAUGGUUACUGCAUGCCCAUGGUAUUUCAGGAAAUGCGCCUCCAAACGAGUUUGAUGGAAUAGCCAAACUCAUUUGACACCUGAGCAUGUUUUUAAAAGGGUAUUAGGAUACGAAGCCAAAAUGGAUUUAAAAUGUGUAUGUGAAUUGAGAUUAAAGAUGUAAGAAAGGUUAAAGAAACAUCAUGAAAUCAAUGGGAUGGAAUGGGCCCAGUGCGUAUGUGAUAUGUUAUCUGACAAUAAUUCAUUUUUGCUGUAUCAACAAUGCUUUUGGAGAAACCAAUUCAUUAGUGAUUCCUUUUAUCAUCCCAGUGAAUUCUUUUAUUACAAAACUUUCCACCAGCCAUGCAGAAUUCAGCAUCAAUGACAAGCUAGCAAAUUCUCUGUUUGACAUUUCUAAGGAUGGAAGUUUAACAACGAAAAAGGAACUUAUUUCACAUGCUGGAAGAUCUUUCACAUUGAGUCAAUCAAAUGAUAAUCUAGAAGAUCCAUUCUUUGACACAAUCCAUCUAAAAAUCAGUACCUCAUGGAAUUUGAAAUCAUUUACAAGUCAAACAUUUCAUGGAAUGAUUCGAGAGAAUUUGCCACUUGAUUCAGAAGUGAGAUGGAAUGAAAACAUAUCAAUCCAUUUUGAUGCAGCAAAAUUCACUUUGGAACCCACAUCGAAACAUUUUAGAUUAAAAGUAUUAAAAUCAACAGACUCCUCAGCUGGAUCUCAAGUGAAAGUUGUGACUACAAGUGAAACAGUUCAUGCCAGUGAUAGGGAACAUGUUUUUAUUUUAAAAGCUUGGAUAAAUCAUAUAGAUUUCACAUCAACUAUUUUAAAAAUCAAAGUUAUAGAUGCCAACGACUGCAUUCCAAAAUUUUCAAAAAAGGUUUAUCACGCUACAGUUGGAGGAGACAUCACACAUGCACCUCGUAAUAGCAUUUUGAAAGUGUCAACUACUGAUCAAAAUAAUGAUAAGAUAAUUUACAGUUUAGAUGACUCCUCAAGUUUUUACAUAACUCCAAAUUCUGGCCUUUUGUUCUUAAAAGAAGUACAUCCCGGAUUUCAUAAAUUAAAAGUGUUUGCAACAGAUACCAAUGGAAAUCAGUGUUCUGCGUAUGUUUCUGUUCAUGUCCUCUCUAGUACCCUCAAGUUUAGACCAUUCCAUCAGAUUUCAAAACGACAAACAAAGAUCAUGACAGUAGAAAAAACGUAUGUGGUUCUCGAAAAUCAAACCGCCGGAACAGUUGUCUUCGGUGUUGCCUCGAAACCUCCCCCACCCCCAGGAACUGAAUUUUACUCCAUUCUCUACGACUCUAUUGAAUCAUUUCAAGUGGAUACAAGGGGAAAUGUCUACCUAAAAAAUGGCCUGACCCUUAACUAUGAGAACCCACGACAUAGAAAUGUCACCAUACGCUUCAAGAUCACUUCAUCGCUAUCUCAAGAUGUCCAGAUAUGGACUGUGCAUUUGAAUGUAACAGAUGUAAACGAUGAGAAACCCAGAUUUGUGAAUCAGCCCCGCCCUUUCUUGGCCACAGUGCCUGUCAAUCCGAGAGUCGGGCAACUCGUGUAUGAGCUCCUGGCAACAGAUCCUGACACAAACUCAGACAUCCAUUACAACCUUGAGUCUGCUGGUGAAGGAAAGUUUACCAUAGAGCACAUAGAAGGAGACUUUGGUCGCCUCGGUCGAAUUGUAACAACAGUCAGCGGAAAUGGACAGUUCGAGCCCGGUCAGAUCUACGACCUUGUGGUGUCGGCUCAGGACGUUGCCGCCCCCGGGGUCCAGAAGUCCAACUUCAUGGUGGUCAGUGUGCUGGUUGGAUCAAGGCCGCCACAGUUUUACCGAGAGCAAUAUGUAGCUUUUAUCGCGGAAAACAACCAGCCGGGAUAUAAAUUGCAGUCUGAAGGCACAACUCUCAUCGUCCAAGCCAAAGCUUUCCAGUCCAAGUCUGAGAAAGGAGUGGUGGAUUACCAGCUCACAGACAGUAGUGGCUACAUCAGCUCCGUGUUCUCAAUCAACUCGGACGGCGAGAUCGAAGCUCUACAGAGUCUGGACUAUGAAACCUCUCCUCACUCUUAUUCACUCAAGCUUGUGGGGACAGAAAAAUCUACAGGGCUUAGUAGUUCCUCUCAGCUGAUUGUUUACCUUGAAGAUGAUAAUGACAAUGCUCCAGUCUUUGAACUCUCUACCUACACCAAUGUCACAAGUGAAGGCACACCUGUUAACUCCCUCCUGUUUUCAGUGACUGCAACAGACAAGGAUUCUGGGUCCAAUGCUGAGUUGACAUAUACUGUUAGCAAUGAUAAUUUUGUCAUUGAAACCAGGAGAGACAAUAUCACUGGAAAGUACAUUGGGGAUUUAAGGGUAGCAAAGAAACUGGAUUACGACAGCAGAGCAGACCGUCAGUACAAAUUUGAUGUCAGGGCCACAGACCAUGGUAACAAAUCCUUCUCUGGACAGGCCAGUGUCGUCUUGUAUGUCACCAACAUUAAUGAUGAGGCCCCAGUCUUCAGUGAGGAAAAGGAUGACAUUGUGGCUAAAAUACGAGAAGAUCAGAGAGCUGGGAGCUACGUGACCACAGUACAGGCAGUGGACCCAGAUGGAGACAAUAUCAAGUACUACUUCUCUCCCAAACACCAGAAUGCAGAAAAUUUGUUCCAGAUUGAGCCGAAUUCAGGAAUAAUAACUUUGACCAAUGCUAUUCCUCCCAGCAUCCCAAGUUAUGUCCUGAAUAUUACGGCGUAUGAUGACGGGAGUUGUUGUGGGGGCUACCCUCGUCUCAGCAGCAGCUCCUUUGUCAUCAUCAUGAUUAUGGAUAUCAACAAUAACAACCCCACUUUCCCUAGUUGUACCUAUGCUCCAUCUGUGUUAGAGAACCAACCACCUGGAACCAGAGUUGUUGAUGUUACAGCCACAGAUCCAGACAGAGGAGAAAAUGGUAAAAUCACCUACUCUGUAGUGACACCCAACAACCAAGAACAAAACUUCCAGGUGAACGCAGAGAAUGGCACUGUCUAUACCAAAAAGAUGUUUGACCGUGAAAGUGAGGCUGGUCUGCGUGGUUACUCGGUCACUAUAAAAGCAGAGGAUCAUGGGGAAUCUCAGCAACUGAACACACUGUGCACAUUUUGGGUUAAGAUUAAAGAUUUGAAUGACAAUCCCCCAUUGUUUGAUACAGAGUCAUACAUGCAGACAGUUUUGAGGAGCACGAGUGUCAACAAGAGAAUUAUGGGAGUUCUAGCUGUUGACAAGGACAAAGAAAUAAAUGCUGAAGUGCAGUACUCGCUGGUAGAUAACCCUGGGGAAUAUUUCAGAGUGGAUACAGACACUGGAGGGCUUUAUCUUCAAAAAUCUCUCUCAACUGUGCCGCAUUACCAAGAGAAAAUCAUGCUUCGAGUAAUGGCCAAAGAUAAAGGAACUCCUCCUCUCUCCUCAAAUGCCACCAUAACAAUUACCUUGACAACUGGAAAUCAAAACCCUCCCACUUGGAAUGAGAACUACGAAGGUCAAACCUACCUGGUCAAUGAGACGUCCCCUAUUGGUUACCCUAUAGCUACGUUUAGCGCCACAUCCCAUGUUGACCCUCCUUUGGAUGGAGUUAGCUUUGCCCUAGUUGAUUCCAAUGGCAAUUCCCAGCAGAUGGUUGAAGAUUUCAGGGUAGAUUCCCAAGACAGGACCAUGAAGUUGAAGGUGGCCAACCAACUGGAUGUCAGUGUGAAGAGCCUUUAUACACUCAGGCUGAGAGUCACAAAUCAGGGACUGACUCCUCUGUCAAAUGAGAUCCGGAUCACUGUUAAAGUUCUGGACAUGAAUAACAAGCAGCCACAGUUUGAAGGAUUGGACCCCACUCUGAGUAACUCCUACAGAGGCAGUGUUCCAGAGAAUGAAGAUGCUGGCCAGUCUGUUAUAACAGUCAAAGCUGUGGAUCCCGAUCUCCAGGAACCAAACAAUGUGGUAAGCUACAGUCUGGUCCCUGAUAAGUAUGGCGCCUACCAAAAGUUUCAAAUCGACCCCCAGAGAGGAUUGAUCUCCACCAACUACACAUUUGACAGAGAAACCCUCAAAGUGUAUUACAUCACCGUAAUGGCCCAGGACGGAAGGGCUUCAGACACUCCUUAUCACGAGCCUCCGGGAACACCCAACAGUGCCACUACACAGGUAAUGGUGACCAUUGCUGACAAGAACGACAAUACUCCCUACUUUGAGAAGUUACUGUAUGAGAAGGAAGUAGAUGAACAGCCAGCAGACAGCAGUAAAUCUAUUCUUACAGUCAAGGCCAGGGAUAUCGAUGAUGCUGACACUCUCACCUACACAAUAACUAGUGGAAACACAGGCAAUGUCUUUGGCAUCAAGUCAAAAACAGGGGACAUCUAUGUAGCGAAGGAUUUGGAUUUUGAGACUCCACCAAAUCUGUACAAGCUGAAUAUUACUGUCAAUGAUGGCUACCACAGCAACUACACAGAAGUCAAGAUCAGGGUGAGAGACAUCAAUGACAACACCCCCGAGUUUUCCCAGUCUGAGUACAUUGUCACCAGCAUAGUCGAGGAAUAUCAACCCCCUCCUGGAGGGCUGUUCCUGAUUCAGGUUAGUGCUACAGACAAGGACACAUCCAGGCAAACCUUCUUCAGAUACAGUCUGAAUACAGAGUAUGGUGAUACCUUUCAAAUCAACUCAAGAACAGGGGUGAUAACUCUUCACAAGUCAUUGGACCGAGAUCUACCAUACGGCCAUGCUGAGUACCAGUUUAAUGUGCUGGUUGUUGACGAGCCAGGCACAGAAGGUGCCUUGGUUGGAUAUGCAUAUGUCAAGGUCAAACCCCAGGACAUCAACGACAAGACUCCAGAGUUUACUCAGGCGCUUACUGGUUUUGUUCCAGAAAACUCGGAGAAAGGCAAAAUUGUCAUGACAGUGAGAGCUGUUGAUUAUGACUUGGGAGAAAAUGGUACCGUAUAUUACACACUCGGGAACAAUCGACCCGCUGAUCCACAGACGGGAGACAGCUUGUUUGUGAUUGACGGUAAAACUGGCCUGGUCAUCUCUAACACGAGAACACUGGACAGGGAGAAAGUCGAUCAGUACCUGCUGCCUGUUGUAGCCACAGACGGGGGAAAAGUUCCCUUAAGUAGUACCGCCACUCUUACCAUCCAAGUGACCGACAAAAAUGAUGAGAGACCAAGGUUCAAUAAAAAGAUCUACAGGGCCACACUGCCAGAAAGCCAGAAAUCAGGACUGAUCAUCACAGUAGCGGCCACUGACGAUGACAUUGGAAACAAUUCUAAAAUCGCAUAUUCACUGAAAAGUGAUCUCAAUUUCUUCUCCAUCAGCAGUUUGCCUUCCAAUAAAGGUGCCCUCAAUGUCUAUAAGCCUGUAGAUUAUGAGGACCCCAAUCAAAGGUUUUUCAACCUAACAGUGAGAGCUAGAGACAACAACCCCCUCCAUUAUGAUGAGGCCUACAUUGAAAUUACUGUCACUGAUGCUAAUGAUGAGGCACCUAAGUUUACAGAGCCAGUCAAGACUGAUACAUUUCCUGAGAACAUCCCAGAAAAGUUUCUGCUCCACACAUUCACAGCAUAUGAUAAAGACAGCUAUCCCAAUAAUGAGUUCUAUUUCCAAAUUCGGGAGCACUCUGACAGAUUCUAUGUGGAGCAGGAAGGAAAUCAAGCUCAUGUUAAGAUUCAGGCUGGUUUAGAUGGACAGACAUUAGACAGAGAGACAAAUGACUACUAUAGCAUACAGGUCUUGGCUAUUGAUAAAGGCAUUCCAGCACAAACAGGUACUGCCACAUUGAGGAUAAAAGUGUUGGACAUCAAUGACAAUCCCCCAACGUUUGCAGAGAAUUACCGACCCAUCGUAAUGGAGGAGACGGCUCCUAUCGUAACAGUGGGAACCUUCAGUGCCAUGGACCCAGAUACUCUCAUUCAUGGUCCGCCAUUUGUGUUUGAGCUUCCACCUUGUAAGGAGAAUCCCACAUGCCACAACGGAGAUGAGACCUUUUCUCUCAUAUUUGACCCAGAUGGUGCAAAAGGAAAUGGAACCUGCACUGUGUUGGCAAACAAAAUGUUUCUGAGAGAACAACAGAAGUUUUACUACCUACCGGUCAUUAUGAGAGACACAGGAGGAAGGAGCAACCACAUGAGUGGGACCAGCACUUUGACCAUUGAAAUCGGAGACAAAAACAACAAUCAGCACACUGAUGGAUACAAGGAGAUCUUUGUUUACAACUACAAAGGCAUGUUUGGAGACAUUGAGAUCGGCCGAGCCAAUGCUAAUGAUCCGGAUGACUGGGAUUACAUCGAUAAACACUACACCAUGAUCAAUCCAAAUGGGAUGGAUCAAUUUUUCAAUGUGAGUAAAAUCAAUGGCACCAUCACCAUGAAGAGAGGAGUACCAACCGGAACAUUUGAAUUCAAGGUGGAAGUUCAUGACUUUAAGGUGUUCACUGAGAAAAAUGCCACUGCCACGAUCAGGGUAAAGGUGACAGAAAUCUCUGAUGAAGCCGUGUUCAGGUCCGGCUCAGUCAGAUUAUCAGGAAUAACAGCAGAAGAAUUUGUGGAGACCUCCAGUGACAUAUCGGGUCAGAGUCAUUAUGACAAAUUCCGCAGACUUCUAGCUGAUAAGUUGAGGGUAGAAGUGUCAUUUGUGGAGAUUUUCAGCGUGAUGAAGAACGGUCCCUACACUGAUGUAAGGUAUGCUGCUCACGGUUCCCCUUGGUACCCGGCUAGCAAACUGGAUGGAGUCAUAGCACUGAACAAAGACGAGUUUGCUGCAGUGACUGGAGGUCAGAUUGUGAUGGUCAACAUCGAUGAGUGCCAGAAGGAGAUCUGUGAGAGUGGGGGCUGCUCAAACAUCCUCUAUGUGGAUGAGAGGAAACCGAGUGUUGUAAACACCAAAACAAAGUCCUUCGUGGGGCUGGGCACCAAGAUAGUGGCAGAGUGCCAGUGUAAAGCCAGAGAUUUUGCGAGGCCCCUGAAGUGUGCCCCUGACUUUUGUUUUAAUGGAGGAACUUGUGUCAAGGACAACUGGGGAGAUGUUAAGUGCGAGUGUCACCCAAUGUUUGAUGGGCCUCGUUGCCAGCAGACAACGCACAGUUUCUCGGGAGGAUACACCCUCUACCCUCCCCUGGCUCAGUGUGAGGAGAGCAUUACAAGCAUAGAGUUUGCUACACUGAAGGAGAGCGGACUUAUUUUCUACAAUGGCCCUGUGGACAAGAUGAAGAAAGGCGACCCACAGGAUUUCAUUUCAUUAUCACUAAUUCAAGGCUAUCCUGAACUAAUUGUAAACCAUGGAACAGGACCAUUGACCCUUAGGGUCAUGGGAAAAGAUAAGGGAGGCAUUACCAGAAUGCCUGUCUUGAAUGACGGAAACUGGCAUCAUCUCCACAUCAUAAGGAAAGGAAGGGAAGUUACCUUGACUGUUGACCACUGUAGAAAUGCAGAGUUUCACGUUCGCAGUGAAAAUCAGGAAGAUCGGAGACCUUGCGAAGCUACAGGGUCAACAUCGGGUCAAAAUAAGUACCUCAAUGUCAAUCAAAUGAUGCAGAUGGGUGGGAGGUACUCCACUCCUGACUUCCCCAAAGACAUCACCACAGAAAGAUUUGAAGGCUGCAUAAGGAACUUGUAUCACAAUGGAGAGCUGUAUGACUUGUACACCAGUUUUAACCACCCUGGAGUGAACCAUGCUAAUGGGUGUCCUGCAGAAGAAUCUGCCUGUAGCAGCAUUAGUGGUAGAAAGUGUGGGGACUUUGGGGUCUGUCAGAUGGUGACCCUCGGGCAGUCGGAGGUGGAGUGUGUGUGUAAGCCUGGAUACCGCCCCUCAAGACCCGGCUCAUCAAAGUGUGAUACAGAGACGACUGUUGUGGAUUUCACCAAGAAAGCCUACAUGACAUGGAUGCUAAAAGACAACUUCUUCAACAUGCUAAAGAAAACUACAUUAGAUGUGCAUAUAAAAUUCAGGACCAGAGAUCCUGAUGGAGGGGUACUUCUCCACUUGCCUUCAAACUCCUAUGAAUUCAUCUCAUUGCAGAUUAUCAAUGGACAUGUAGCUGUGAUAUACAAUCUGAAAGAUUAUGACAAUUCCAUGAUGGAAAACGUAAUAUCCCUGUCUUCGGCCCCAGCAGCCAAUGGUCAAUGGCAUAGUCUCUCCAUGAAAAGGAUUGGUAGAUGGUUUCAGCUAAAAAUGGAUAGUGGAGAGGGUAGAUACUACAAUGAGACAUGGGGUUCUCUGCAUGAUAGUCAGUUUUUCAACCUGAAAAGGGAUCAGAUUGUGUCGGGGUCUCUGGUCAAGUUCCGCCCAAAUGCUAACUUCCAUGGCAAAGACCUGAGAGAUACCUGUGUAACAGACAUCAGGAUUAACAAUGAGUGGUUCCCCAUGAUGAUGGAAGAGAACGCCCACAGUGAAGCAGCAGAGGUGGACUUGAUAUCCCAGGUCAAGAUGGGCUGUGUCCGCGAUGAUUGUGCCCAUGCCCGCUGCCAUGACCUGGGGCAAGCCAUCAAACAAAUCUGUGUCCCGCUCUGGGGAACUCAUGACUGCAGAUGUCCCCCUGGUAGUAAGCCUGGGGUAGGCAACAGCUGCCUCCAAAUAGACCACUGCAUGGGAAUCAACCCAUGCAAAGCUGGGGGUAUUUGUAUAAACCUUCCCUUCCCUGGAACCUUCCGAUGUCUGUGCCCCAAGGGAUGGACAGGCCCUACUUGUAACCAGCAAGCCAGCACCGUGGAAGAAGUGGUGACAGCAGGCGGAAUAAAGAUGGAGGUCCUUGUGAUCAUCAUCGUCAGCCUGGUGGCUGUCACCUUUAUUGCUUUCUUGGUGUUCCUCCUCUGGCGAUCUCUCAGUAAACAAGACAAGCGGAAGUCCUUCCUUUAUGAUGACCAGUAUGAUGACAUCAGGGAGAAUGUGGUCAACCAUGAUGAGGAAGGGGCAGGUGAAGAAGAUCAAACCUGUUAUGACAUAAGCAGACUAAGGAAACCAGAUUCUACAUUUGAUAGAGGAUACUACUACUCUUCAUUGUCAACAAAAUAUCAGAAAGGUCUACCCCUGGAUAGUCCCGAGGUCAAUGCUUUCAUAGCUGACCGAAUCCAGGAUUUGAAUGAAGAUCCGAUUACUCUUCCUCAUGACAAUGUGAUGGUGUUCUCGUACGAAGGAGGAAGCAGUACUGCAGGAUCUCUCAGUUCUUUGAACACGAACAGCAGUGACAACGAUCAAGACUAUGAUUACCUUCAUGACUGGGGACCAAAGUUCUCAUCACUUGCCGUCAUGUACAGAGCAGAGGAAGAGGAUUAAGGACAGCUCUACUAGGCUACAUCAUUAAUAGUUUUAAAACUUUUUUAAAUGAACCAAAGAUGUGUUGCAUGUGUGCACUAGUCAAGGGACACAAUUCUGUUUUUUUGUUGUUGUCUCUAAUCCUUAUAUAUGUGACAUUUUUUUAAGAAUAGGGUUUAAGUCAAAAUUUGCAACGUUGUUAAUCAAGUAGUAUAUGCAAUGGGAUUUUGUCAAUCAUCUUAAAUGUCUGACUGUAAACAGUACUUAUUUUCUGACUGUUAACAGUACUUGUCUAACUGUAAACUGUACUUAUUGUCUGACUGUUAACAGUACUUGUCUAACUGUAAACAGUACUCUUUUUUACCCUCUUAUAAUCAUAUUCUAUUAUCAUGGUUCCCACUGCAUAAUACAUAAUACUACAGCAUUAAGAAUUGAAUAGUCUAUUUUCGCACUAGUCUGUUAUAAGGUUGUGAACAAUGAAUUUGUUUGUUUACUGUACUACGCAAGUAAUAGCCCCCCCAAUCAUGGACCUGUUAUCCCACGAAACUAUAGUGCCAAAGUCAUGUCUGCAGUAACUUUAUAGCCAAUGUGAACAAAUUUUAUGUAAGAAAUGAUCUGAAAGACUUGAGAUCAUCAGGUCAGAUUAUUGGAAACAUUCCACUACUGUCCCAUUAUAAUAACUCGCUGUUAUUUAUCGAAACAUAUUGUAUUGAGUCAUUUUUCAUUCAUGGUGUGUCUGUAUUUUGCACUUUGCUUUACUUCAUGACAAUAAUGUUGUACUGCUAAUGUUAGAGAUGAAUCUUUGCAUCUCUUUUUCUGUACUCACCUACCAUAAAUGUAUUUUGAAAUGCUGAAAUGUAAUUGCCCUUACUUGUGUUUGUAUUUGCAUUAGCAUCAUCAUUUAUCAUUAUUAUCAUUCCUAGAUGUUAGUGUGUCUGAUUGUGAAGGACAAAAAUCAGGUUGAAGUGGGGAAAACUUGGCAACUUAAACACAAAAUGACCUCAACGUCUUAUUGACCACCAUAGGCAAUAAAGUUUCAGUGGAUAGAUACACACUGCCAUCUGAGUAUAUUGUUAAUAGAACAGAUUUACAAUCAUGAAGUGUUUCAAGAACAAUUUAUCAUCCUAUAAAUGUUCAGAUGUAAUAUUGAUAUACAGUGUAUUAGUAGAUUUAUUGUUGCUGGGAUAUAUGGAAGAAAAGUUUUCAAACUGAUAGAAAAGCCAAAUUUCUGCUAGAGUUGAAGACAUUGAACAUUCUGAUAUUUUGCAAAUUUCUCUGCAUGCAACUGAACGUUUAUCACUGUCAUUUUGAGAGUUAGCAGUUUUAUGACAAAAAGACAAGGAGAUAUUUAUCAUUUCUGUUUUAAAUGUUUGAGCAGACUUAUCAUCAUCGCCAUAUUAAAUAUUAAUCAUAUUUGAGAUAUUUUAGUAAGAGUUUAAACACGAUUGUUGCAUUUAGAGUUUUAACAGUCAUAAUGUGGUCAUUUUGUGAGUCAAGUUUAGCGUGAAGUAUGUUGGUGUUCUAAAUUGUAUUGCUGUUCCCAUGUAGUGUAAGAGUUUUAUCUUGUAAAUGUGGUGUAUUUUUACAAAUUAUCAAUGUUGUUUGUUGUGCAUGACAAUGUAUGGAGAAACAUGUCGGAAGAUAACUCUCUUUCUCCGCUGUGUUGCUGCAAUAUUCACACCAAGUGAAUUCUUCUGUCAAUGAAGAUGUGACUAUUUCUAUCUGUGCUUGAAUAUGUCACUUUAUUGCAAGGUGCUUUAAUUAUCCUGAGUAGGUGCAAUUUUGUGUAUAUGCCAGUAUUUUGCCAGCUGUAUAAAUGUUUUUGCUGUAUUACAUAUGAUUGUUUUGGGUCAUAAUUGGUUGUGAGGUUUUUUGCUUUAAUCGUUUAAAUCUGUUUUAUUUGGAUAAUUUACACGUGAUUUUAUCUUCUUAAUAACUAUACAUUGUUUUUAUUUUCUAAGAUAAUACUUGGUGUUGAUUUUCCUGAUUUUUUAUAGACAGGGUGCUGUAAGAUUUGAAAAAGGUUGUCAGUAUUUCAGAUUCAAGUCAUUAUUUCUUUUUUUUUUCCGUCACAAGUUUGUGCAAUAGUUUCAAUCAUGUCUCUUUAUUUUACUGUUCACGUUUUAAGUUGUAAAAGCUUUACUGCUUCGGUAGUUUUAAUACCAGAUCAGAGCGUUGUGAAUUAUUGUUUAUCACCAUCUUUCAUAUUUUUAGAUAAUACAUAAAAGGAAAACA